AUGGAUGAAAAUUAUGAUGUUAUUGUUUUAGGUACUGGUUUAACUGAAUGUGUUUUAUCAGGUAUCUUAUCAGUUGAAGGUAAAAAAGUAUUACAUAUAGAUCGUCAAGACUUCUAUGGUGGUGAAUCUGCUUCAUUAAACUUUUCUCAAUUAUAUUCAAAAUUCAAACCUUCUGCUCAAAAGCCGGAAUUAAAGGGUAGAGAUAGAGAUUGGUGUGUUGAUUUAAUUCCUAAAUUCUUAAUGGCAAAUGGUGAAUUAACCAAUAUUUUAGUUCAUACUGACGUCACUCGUUAUAUUGAAUUUAAACUCAUUGCUGGAAGUUAUGUUUAUAGAAAUGGUCGUAUUGCUAAAGUUCCUGCUAAUGAAAUGGAAGCUGUUAGAUCUUCAUUAAUGGGUAUUUUUGAAAAGAGAAGAAUGAAACGUUUCUUAGAAUUUAUUCAAAAUUAUGAUGAGGAUGUUGUUUCAACUCAUCAAGGGUUUGAUUUAGAUAAAAAUACCAUGAAUGAAAUAUAUACUUAUUUUGGUUUAGAAAAUGGCACUAAAGAUUUCAUUGGUCAUGCCAUGGCUCUUUGGCAUACGGAUGAUUAUUUGAAUGAAGUUGCACGUCCAACUUAUGAGAGAAUUAUCUUGUAUGUUCAAUCGGUUGCUAAAUAUGGAAAAUCUCCUUAUAUUUAUCCAUUGUAUGGAUUAGGUGAAUUACCACAAGGUUUUGCUAGAUUAUCAGCAAUUUAUGGUGGUACUUAUAUGUUAGAUACUCCAAUUGAUGAAGUUUUAUACGAAGGCGAAGGAGAAGAUAAGAAAUUUGCUGGUGUUAAAACUAAAGAAGGUACCGCCAGAGCACCAAUUGUAAUUGCUGACCCAACCUAUUUCCCAGAUCAAGUUAAGAAAGUUGGAGAAAAAGUUAUUAGAGCAAUUUGUAUUAUGGAUCAUCCAGUUCCAGGUAUUGAUUUAGAUUCUUUACAAUUAAUCAUUCCACAAAAUCAAGUUGGUAGAAAACAUGAUAUUUAUGUUGCUGUUUUAUCUGAUGUUCAUUGUGUUGUUCCAAAGGGUUAUUAUCUUGCAAUUGUUUCUACUAUCAUUGAAACUGAUACUCCACAUAUUGAAUUAGAACCUGCACUUAAAUUAUUGGGUCCUAGAAUAGAUACUCUUAUGGGAAUUGCUGAAUUAUAUGAACCUAUAAAUGAUGGUACUAAGAGUGGUAUUUAUAUUUCCAAGAGUUAUGAUGCAUCAUCUCAUUUUGAAUCUACUACUGAUGUACAAUUUCUAUAG